UUUUUGUGGUGUUUAUAGUUUUAGUUACUCCUUCACGAAGCAGUUAUGUGUGCCAACCUCCGAAUUCUUUUCAAGUACCAGUCGAAUAACUGUUUACAUUAGCUAGCUGCUUAGCCGCUAGUGGAUGCUGUAAGGAUGUAUACAGAGAGUUAGAUACAGCCAGGUUUUCUGUUAAAGGCGUUUGUAUGGGAUCCGCUCAGUUAGUCAUCUAGCGUGUUCUGCCUUUAAAACUGACUAGAAAAAAAGUGAUGAGAACCAGCUCAUCUUCGCCGCCGCUGCACGUGCACGUGAAUGAAAGCACACCUGUACAUGUGCAUGUAAAGAAGGGCAUGAAGAACAGCCCUAUAAAGCCAGCACAGGUUAAGGCGAAAGGCUGCUUACGUCCCACUGCUAAAGUUAAGACAAGAGUCCCAUGGAUUCCUCCGGGCAAAGUUUCAACGCGAGAAGCAUUGUACAAGUGGGAGGGUCCAAGCCAUUGUUUGGAGAUCACCCCCCUACCUGAGCCAGACCCCUCGCGCUCCGCUCUCCGUCUGGAAGACCUCUCCACUGAUGAGGAGGAAGCUCUGCACGGACGCAUCAACCAGUAUGAGAGGAAGAUUGAUAGCCUGAUGACCGAGGUCAGCUCGCUGAAGAACGAGGUGGAGCUGCGUAAGAAGGAGCAGCAGCUAGAGCGUCAGUCUGAGAGGUUAAGCGUCUCACAGCGUGUCAUCGCUGAGCAGGAGGAGGAGCUGGCCGAGGUCGCCAAGGAGCUAGAAAUCACCGAGCGAGAGAACACACUCCUCCGGGAGUCCAUGGAGAAAAUACUGGAGGAAAACAGCUACGGCAGGUUGGAGAGAGAGAACCUGCAGCAGGAGAAGGAUGUGCUGCUCAGGAAGCUGCUGGAGGCAGAGCUCGACAGCACUGCAGCCACCAAGCAGGUCCAGGCGCUCCGAGACACUGUUAGCCGCAUGUCGAGGACUGAGAAGCGGAUGACAGGCUCUGACUCUUCGUUGCUGGCCCGGCAGAAAGAUCUCCUCCUGCAGAAGCUGGAAACUUUUGAGAGAACGAACCGAACACUGCGCCGUCUCCUGAGAGAGCAGCAUGAGCAUGAGAUGGACUCGCUUCAACUGCUGGAGCAGAAAGACUCUCUCCUGAAGAGGCUCACUGAAGUCGAGGCAGAAAACUCGCAUCUUCAGAUGAAGCUACAAGAUAAAGAGAAAGAAGUCGCUGACCUUGCCUGCCUUUUAGAGAAUGAGAAGGAGCAUGUGAAGACCACAAGUGAGCUUUCCAAGUCCCUGGAAUCGACCCGAGCUCAUCUGCAGGGCCAACUACGCAACAAGGAAGCAGAAAAUAACCGCCUUUCAGUCCAGAUUAAGAGCCUGGAGCGAGCAGCUGGUCAGCAGCAGGGAGAGCUGGAGCACGUGGAGGCUCAAAUGCGGGAGCUGAAGCAGCGGGCCGAGGUGGAUAAAGAGGCACUGAAGAAAGCCACGCGGGCACUGAAACAGAGAGCAGAGCGCAGUGAGGACACUGCAGGACAGCUCAGUGCUCAGCUGACCGAAAUGGAAGCCCGGCUGGCAGACGCUGUUUCAACUGCAGAGAACUGGAGCAGUCGGCACGCGAAGGAGCUGAAGGAGAAAGGCCAGCUGGAGGUGGAGAUCACACUGCUGAACAGCCGGAUCACAGACCUGACGGAGCAGAUGCAUGUGCUUGAGGAGAAAACCCGAGCGGAGAGAGACGGACUUCUGGACCGGCUACACAGUAUGACCACAGAGAGCACUACAGUCAGACUGGAGAACCAGAGCCUAAAGGCAACUCUGUCUGCACUGGAGGAGAAACUGUCUCUGUCCCGGUCUGAGGUAGAGCAGGUCAAAGCCUCAGUGAAGCAGUAUGAAAGCUUAGUGGACAGCUACAAGAUUCAGCUGCAGAAGACGCGUGCCGAGGCGGAUGAGUACAGCAUGCAUGCGCAGCAGGCGGAGCGGGAGGCGCGGGCUCUGAGGGAGGAGCUGGAUCAGGAACUGGAUCAGGCCCGGAAGCAGCUGAUGGGCCGCCUGAGCGAGCUGGAGCCACUACCCGAUGCCCUGCGCCGCGCCGAGCUCCAGCUGCAGGAGGCACAAGAGAAAGAGCGUGUACAGGAGAGGAGGAAUGCUGAGCUCACAACGGGUCUUGCUGAGCUACGUGUUAAGGUGGAACAGCAGGGUGUUCAGAUGGAGAAGGUGCAGCAGAGGAACACAGUGCUGAUGGAGGAGAACAACCAGCUCAAGCACAAAGUGGAGUCCCUCGACAGGAAGUUAGAGGAAGCCAGCUCUCAGAAUGGAGAUCUUCUGCAAAUGAUAGCAAAGCGAGAGGAGACCAUCCUUCACAACCAAGUGCGUUUAGAGGAGAAGUCUCGUGAGUGCAACACUCUGAACCGGCAGCUAGAAGAGGCACUAGAGGACGCCAGGCGACAGGUGUCCAACACAAGGGAGCGAGCUGUGUCUAAAGAACGAGCCUCUCAGUCCAAAUUGAUUGAGCUGGAGACCCAACUGAGCCGAACCACUUCAGAGCUCAAUCAGCUGCGGCGAUCCAAAGACGAGGCAGAGAGGAGGUACCAGAGCCGUCUGCAGGACGUGAAGGACCGCCUGGAACAGUCGGACAGCACCAACCGAAGCCUGCAGAACUAUGUGCAGUUCCUCAAAGCCUCCUAUGCUAGUGUGUUCGGGGACUCAACUCUCAGCAGCACCUCACUCAGAGCUCACUCAGCCAUCUGACACCCUGUACACUUCACACUGAGGCUGAGGUGAUGCAGAACACACACACCAGGGUAUAUUUUUACACAGCAUAGUGUGAUGAGUUUACCUUCAUCAGUUUUAUUUUAAUGUGAGUAAGAACCAAAGUAAGACUCAACUCUAAUCUUGUUGGAUCCUCACGAUCACUACUGUUCACUACUGGAUGCUGCAGCAGUACGUAUUUAGCAGAAGUAAAUGUUCCUCAUAGACUUUAAAUAAAUUUCAGACAUUUUUAAGAACAUCUGAUUUGUCUGAUUAUGAACUUAGGAUUAUUAUUCUAGAUAUAUUUUAAUUUUUAAUUUGACCAUCUUUAUUUAAAAACCCCUAAGUUGAACAGACUAUAAUACACAGAGAUGUAUAGUUUCUUAUAAACUUCUGAAUUCUGUUGCUGUUCUUCAAAUAAAAUACUGAAUUUCUUCAAAUAAAUAAAAUAAUCAGCCUCUGGCAAGAAUAAGAAGGAAAAAAAUCUACCCUGAAAGACUUGCAUAUCAAUUUUUUAGACUUUUUUAGUUUAAACCUCUUUCAUCAACAUGUUGGUCUGUUUUGACUUUAACAGUUUCCUACAUUACCCACAAUGCCAUUUGACUACCUGCUGAUAAUGGUGCAGGGAGAUUUAGCCCUCACUUCAUCUCUACCUAAAGAGAGCAAUGCAGCAAUGCUUUAGUGUGUCCAGCUCUCCCACCUCCCAAAGUUGCCUCUUAUCAGCACCAUGACACUUGUACUCUCUUAGAUCACUAACUGGCUGAGCUGAGCCUCUGACAUAACUCAGUACAACUGUGUUGUAUAGCUGCAUUGCGUUUACUGUCUCCGCUACUUCUACGCUGGAUUUCUCAUUAAUAUGACGCUGAACGUCACUGGAAAUGGUGAGUCAGAAAAGAAGCUUUUGUAUGUGUGUGUGGUUUUUUUUUUUG